UAUACAUAGCUCGCUCAGGCUGUGCUUGCACAAUUUAGCGCACAGCUCCCACCUUCCUUCGUGUCAAAGGCUCCUCUUCCCUCCAAGUCCAAGAGACCUCCGCCAAGGCUCCAUUUGCCUCGCAAUUGCGAAGGAAGCACUGCAAUUAGUUUGAGCCUCAGCCUUUCCUGAUAGACCCUCCGCGGAUCUGCUUCACGUUCAGAAAACCUCUGGUUUGAAACUGCACCCCUUCCAAAUGGCCUUUCUGGGACGCCUAGGCGUUGGUGGCAUGUCCAAACAGGUGGUAACGCUCAGACAACUGCACGGACGGAUUGCUGCUGGUGCAUUUUCUCAAAUGCACCAAUUGGUGGCAGCUAGUCCGGUGUCUAAUGACAGGACCUCGCCAGAAAGGCCAGGAGUUUCAGGUGCAGCUGAAGCGGAACCGAGUGGCAAGCAUGGGGCAGUUCAAAGUGGGAGCUGGAGAAGGAACAGCGGGAAGCAGAUCCCAUACUGCAGCCAUGCAAACGUGGUAGAGGAACACUGGACCAUGACAGACGCCCCCGCAGACAUCCCCUACUCCGUCCUUGGCCUGAAUCACCUCGCCGUCGCCGUUCCGGACCUGGAAGCAGCCUCCGAAAAGUACCGCACCGUCUUUGGGGCGAGCGUGAGCAAUCCCAAACCCCAGCCUGAGCACGGCGUAACGGUGGUGUUCGUCAAGCUGCCCGGGCUCACGAUCGAGCUGCUGCACCCGCUGGGCGACGCGAGCCCCAUCGCCAAGUUCCUCCAAAAAAACCCCCGGGGGGGCCUGCACCACGUCUGCCUCACCGUCGACAAUAUCAACCACGCGGCCCAGCACUUGAAGGAGUCGGACGUCAAUUUAUUGGGUGACGGGAAGCCCAAGAUUGGCGCGCACGGAGACCCCGUCGUCUUCCUUAACCCGAAAGACACUAAUGGCGUCCUGGUCGAACUAGAGGAGGCGUCCGGAGAAAUGCACAACUUCACCCACGAGAAGUGGUGAGUAAGGAAAAGCAGCAAGUUUGAGACGGUUUUGACCCGAGCCGGGCGUGCUUUUAGAAUGUAGCGAUACAAAGAGUGGAUGAGAGAAGGUCGGCCGAAGAGGACGCAGAAUUCCAGGUUUCUUGUUUUUGGAGGGUUGUAAGAAAGCAGUUCAAAGGCCCUGCAGCCAGUUAGCGAGCUCAAAUGCUCGUUUGCAUGUGCAGCAUUUUCUCACUAUCUUCGUGGUUAGAUCUGUACAAAGUAUAAUGUUGUAGACGGGAAGUAUUAAAGAAGGUGCGAAUGUGCUUUUUGGCCUUAGUUUAGAAGAACGAGUCGUAGCAGUUAGGUUGGGUCCAUUUUCCAGGUGAGUAAGAGUAGUCUUAUAGAUGUACAUACCGCCAGGAUAUAGUUCGUUUGUCCAAAAACUGGAGAAUCAAGUUCAAUAGAUCGCAGAUGCACCAGCGCCCCAUGUGCCUUUCAUGGCUUGCGACUCCAUGUAGAUCUAGCCUGAGUCUCUCUACCACAGCUGUACCACUAGUGUAGCACCGCAGAACUUAAUUGAACUUCAGUUCUGUGAGGAUUUUAUGCAACACUGAUGCAUCAAAUUGAUCACGUCAAUUAAGCAGAUCGAGCACAUUGCGCUUG